AAAGUAUGGUACACAAAACAUGAUCGCUUUUCAGAAAGGUAUACAAAUUUAAGAUAUUUACUGUUAUAAUAAAACUGAUAAUACUCUAUGCCUAUCUAAUCUAUAUAUGAUUUUUCAGGUAAUUCUUCGUCUUCCAAUACAGUUACAAAUACACAAAAUGUACUACCUUCAACAAGUAACCAUCAAGAAUCAGAUAUUCAGAGUAUACAAGUUUCAUACUUAACCAGUGAAAUUGAGUCGGAAAGAAAGAAAAAUAUCUUCCAAACAGGAGGUGGAGCAAGUACAAGUUGUUCUGUCGAGCCCUCAGCUACGCAUAAUAUGAUGCUUGGAGUUUUAGGGGUGUCAGCUGUAGGGUUACACAAUCCUUUUGACGGAGAUAAACCAGGGAAACCAUUAAUUAAUCCUGAAAUGAUAAGAAACAUUGAUGAUGGUGAGGAUAAUGUUGUAGUAGUCAAAGAUUUAGGUGGUGAAAUGGAGUUGGACAUGAGUAGCAACAUGGAUUAUAUACAAUUGCAUAUGGGAUCGGACGAUGAAAUGAAUAUGCAAAGUGUUGCAGUACCUGUGGAAGAUUUACCAGUUCAACCUUUGUGGACCAAGUGGAAUCCUGAACUACUAUCACAACCAAAAAGUACUGAGUUGUUAACCCCUAUUUCAUUAAAAAAAAAUAUAAAACCUACGCUAGGGGAAAGUGUAAAAAAGUACUCUUUAGGGAAGCUAGAGUUAAUUAACGAACAAAAAAAAUACUUCCAAAAUGAAGAUAGGAGAGCUCAGGAGAAACAUGAUGCUGAGCAAUUACAAGCUAAAGAAAAGCAAAUGUUGCAGAAAAUUAAAAAUGAACUGGUGAUUGAAAAAUUACGGCUUGAAAUCAAUGACCUUAAAAAAAGUAAAUAUAAUUUAUGUAUUAUAAAUAAUACCUAUAAUAAUAUAAUUUAAUUAUAAUAUAA